AAUUUCUCUCUUAGUGCUCUUAGUUUAUUCAUUCUCUCUCUCUUCCUCCCCUUUUUCUCCCCUCCCUCUCUCUCUCUUCUCUAUGCUUGAUUCUAUCAAGGGUUUUGAUUAAUUUCGUCUGUUCUUUGUUUUGUUCCUUCAUGAUCAUCAGAUCAUUUCUGGGUCCUUGAUCUUGUUGCGUCAUGCAUCUUAAUUAAUUGUCCAUAGAUUGAUGAUGAGUGAUGACCUCUUUUCUUAAUUUGAUUCCAUCCGCAAUUGCAUCUAAUUCUUCCCCACAAUCUUCUCCUCUUUAAUUUGUCUUCUCACUGUCUUCUCCCUCAAAAGGAUGUAGAAGAACCUUGUUAGGGCAGAGAAAUCUUUGUUUUCAUUUUCCUAAGAAAAAAUUGAAGAAAAUCAGUUUGUUAGGGCAGAAAACCUUUUGUUUUUUUAACGUUGUCUUGAAAUUAAUUAAUUGCAAGUAGGAUGUCGAAUCCUUGGUGGGUCAAUCAGGUUGGUCUCCCUGGCAUGGACCCGGUGGCCAAUUCCCAAGCUCUGAGCAAACGCGACCUUGAAAUCUCCAUGAAUGACUCUGGAAGCAAUAAGAGCAACGGCAGGGGAGAUGAAGAUGAAGAGAGAGAUAACGGGGAUGAGCCUAAAGAGGGAGCGGUUGAAGUGGGUACCAGGAGACCCCGAGGCCGUCCCCCUGGAUCCAAGAACAAACCCAAACCGCCCAUUUUUGUCACCAGAGACAGCCCCAACGCCCUUCGUAGCCAUGUCAUGGAGAUUGCAAGUGGGAACGAUGUGGCGGAAAGCAUAGCUCAGUUUGCAAGGAGGCGACAGCGUGGGGUUUGCGUGCUCAGCGGCAGCGGCUCGGUGGCUAACGUGACUCUGAGGCAACCGGCGGCCCCUAGUGCUGUGGUUGCUCUUCAUGGAAGGUUUGAGAUUUUGUCCUUGACUGGGGCUUUUCUCCCCGGCCCCGCUCCUCCAGGGUCAACAGGGCUGACGGUGUACCUGGCCGGUGGGCAGGGGCAGGUUCUCGGAGGAAGCGUGAUGGGACCACUGCAGGCUGCGGGGCCCGUCAUGGUCAUUGCUGCAACGUUUGCUAAUUCCACAUAUGAGAGAUUACCUCUAGAAGAAGAUGAAGAGGCAGGUGGACAUGAGCAGAUCCCAGGUGGUGGGGGUAAUUCCCCGCAGGGAAUUGGGAGCAGCGGGCAGCACACCGGCCUGCCCGAUCCAUCAUCUCUGCCCUUAUACAAUCAUCUGCCUCCUAAUCUUCUUCCCAACGGUGGGCAGCUAGGGCACGAAGCCUUUGCUUGGGCACAUGGAGGAAGGCCGCCGUUCUGAUACCAGCGGCAUAACAACUGCCAAGGAGAAAUCACGCCAAGAUGAGUGAGAGUUUCUGUUGUAUUUUUACCUUUUUAAGUAUUGUGUUGUAUUUAAGGGUAGGGGAUAUGAUAGGUUGAAGGAUUGAGAACAAAAGAGAAACAUGCUUUUAGUUCUCAAUGUAUAUUAAAACUCAUCAUCUCUUUCCUUUGCUUCCUUUUUUAUGUUUGCAAUAAAACGAUGAUAUUAGC